UAUAAUAAGUCAAGGUUCUUCGUGAACAGCUCGGUCAACGCUUGUCCAAACUCGACUCGGUCAAAGCUUAACUAAGUUUCGAGCUCGGUUCGAGUUCAAACAAACUUAAACGAACACAAGCCGAACUAAUCAUAAUUUGGGCUCGACUCGCUUGACUAGCAUCCCUAAUUGCGUUUAGUCAAAUGCAGAUUGAAACUCUAAAAUCUACACAAAACAAUCGGAGCGCGAAAACCGGGUUAAGGCGCGGAUCCGAAUGAGCAAAAAAGAAAAGAAGUUUUAACAUGGAGAUGCCGGAGCAUCUUGGUCGUUGCUAAACGUAGGACCCGCCCUUAACAAAAUUAAAGUAGUUCCAAUAACAAGUUUAAACCCCAAAAAAGAAAAAAACUGUUGUCCCAAAUUAAAAAUAUAAAAAAUAAAUAAAAAUAAUUAGCAGCUCCCAUCAUCUUGUAUUCCCAGUCCACGUCUUCCACCCUGUCAUCUACCGUACUCCUUUCUCUCUCCUCCCAAUAUCUGAUUCCGUCCACUCCACCGACUACCUGCUUAACCGGUCAUCUCCCCCUCCACACGUGCCAUCCUUCAACUUUUUACAUUCUCGCACGUGCCUCUCCCCUCACCCAUACACUACCGUUCUCUCUUAUUUGUGUGGUGCAACAAAUUAAAGUAGGAGAGAGAAAAACCACCUCAACAAACUUACACUAUUUCUCUUAGACCUCUCAUAGCUACCCUUUUUCAUAAAUUAAAAAAAAAUUAUAAAAUUAUAUUUAUUUUUAUAAAAAUGACCCAUUAAAUCAAAAUACCUUUGCAUUUUGUCUAUGUAGUUCAUUCAUAAGUUUCAUUGCACUUAAGCUCAUUUUAUUUUUAUUUUCUCUCUCUAAAUCUCAUCAGUUUUAAUUUAUUUUGUGUGCACCAAAGAAAAGAUAAAUCAAACCCAUGAGGAUUAGGAAAAGAAAGGUACCUUUGCCUCUUUCACUUCUUUCUCCGGUAUCUCUUUCAGAUCCCCACCUUUUCAGCCGGUCACCGGUGCAAACUACUCAUGAUAAUAAUAGUACCACCACCCUUUCCUCCUCCUCCUUCUCGCCGCUGAUGCCGACGUCAUCCGAUUAUUUCUCGACUACUAAACGGUCCGCUUCCGAUCCACGCCGCGGUGGACCGUUGGUCGAUAACGAUAACACUUCUAAGCUUCCUACUGCUACUAAUACUACCGUUGAUGCUACGGGAUUCGAAGCUGUCGAUAACAACGGACUACAAAUUAACAAUAAUGAAGAUAAUAUCAGUAUCGCGAGUAUGAGAGGUGCAACAGAAAAUAACGAUGAUAGUGGACGAUCUUUAUCUCUCUCCAAUAAUGAAGAUCAAGUGUUAGGGAGGUGGUGCGAUGGUGAUAAAGCGAUUCCACUGAAGAAGAGGAGAGGGAUUGGGUUUAAUACCUUUGUUGAAAACUCGAUAUUUGAUGGUAAGGAGGACACGACAACACCACCAACAACAAUGACGAUGAUAAUGAAGUGGAGUAAAACCGACGUUGAAGAUGAAAAACAAAUAGAGAAGGGUAAUAACGACGAGGUAGUAGCAGCAGCAGCAGCAGUGAGUGCAAAGAAGGGAAAUGCAAAAAGGGGUAACACAAUAAUGGAAGGUUCAAGGUGCAGCCGAGUGAACGGGAGAGGGUGGAGGUGUUGUCAACCGACACUCGUGGGUUACUCCCUAUGCGAGCAUCACUUAGGGAAGGGUAGACUCCGGAGUAUGACAAGUAACACUAGUGCAAAGUCGCGGUCCUCUAAGAAGAAGAGCAACUCCACGAACGGGACUAAAUUCGCGCUAGGCCAGGUGGAGGAGAGUGAGGCAGUGGAUAAUAGCAGUCAGAAGAAGCUAGAAAGAAUGAGUUCGUUUGGUAAGAGUAAGAGGGUGAAACUUGGUGUAGUCAAAGCUCGUUCGCUUAGUAGUUUGUUGGGGCAGACGAAUAGUAUGAAUAUUGUUGCAGAUCAUGCAAAUAUUCAGCAGCAUGAAAAGAUUAGUAGCUUGGAUUAUCAAUGAACAAAUCAAGAUUAUGGAUAAACUCGAGGUUAGAGCUAUUUGAUUGCUUGAAUAAUGAUACACUAUUAAUUACAAUAUUAAGACGUAUAUAUGUACGUCGUCGGUGCAACUCUAAAUAUAAUCUUAGUAUAUAGUUCAUGUGUUA